UGUACGCAGGCGCGUAGGAUGUGACGCCCUGCUGACGUGUAUCUAGGGAAACAGAGGAAGUAGAUGGUGCUUCUUUGACAAAUGUUGUGAGAGAUCCAGUGGGAAAAGACAGUGGCAUGUCCACUAAACACUGGAAUAACUGGAGUAAGAGACUGGAGCGCGACCACAGACACAGUCCAGAGAUCACAGAGCAGCAUGGGUAAACGAAGAGCUCCUGAGCUGUACAGAGCCCCCUUCCCUCUCUAUACUGUGAAAAUCGACCCCCAGACCGGCCUGAUCAUCACCGCUGGAGGAGGCGGCGCGUCCAAGACCGGGAUCAAGAACGGAAUGCAUUUCCUGAGUCUGGAUCUGGUCGGCGGUGUGCACAGCGCCACCUUGCAGCACACUCACGAAACGGACACGCGAGCCACCAUGUGCAUGUCUCUGGGUGGGGAUGUGAUCGCCGCGGGACAGGACGCCAACUGCAGCUUGAUGAGGUUCAGUCACCACACGGCCAAACUGGCAAAGAAACCUGUAGCCAAAGAUGGGGCUGGAGACAAAGGUGCAGCCAGGAAGAGAGGCGGGAAAGGCCAGAACGGAGAUGGAGGAGGAGACGUGGCCCAGACGAAGGAGGAUUCUCCUCAGAUGGUGGUGGGGGAUGUUGGAGCGGUGCAGGCCGACCUCAGCCCGCAGGACCCCUGUGUGAAGUGUGUGCGCUUCAGCGCCGACCUCACGCUUCUACUGAGCGGCGGGGCCGACGGUUUCGUCCGGGUGUGGGAGUUCCCCUCUUUGAAAGAGAAGUUCAGCUUCAGAGCUCACAAGGAUGAACUGGAGGAUAUAGACAUCAGUCCUGAUAACAAGCACAUUGUAACAGUAGGCCGUGAUUUCGAGUGCAGCGUGUGGAGCGGCGAUCAGCUGGCCGUGGGUUUGUGUUGGCAUGAAAACAUGCCUCAGAUCACAGAGAAGAUGUACCGCUACAAGUCAUGCAGGUUUGCAAAGGUAGAGGACCAGAAAGAUGCUUUAAGACUCUAUACAGUCCAGAUCCCCCACAAACGGGACCGCAAACCCCCUCCAUGCUACAUCACUAAAUGGGACGGACAUGCUUUCCUGCCGCUGCUCACGAAGACUUGUGGGAAUGAAGUUAUAUCUUGUCUUUCAGUGAGUGACUCUGGAACAUUUCUUGGUCUUGGCACUGUGACGGGAUCUGUGGCCAUCUAUAUAGCGUUUUCCCUGCAGAAAUUGUAA